UGCGACCUCAGUUCACUGCAACCUCCGCCCUCCAGAUUCAAGCAAUUCUCCUGCCUCAGCCUCAUGAGGAGAUGGGAUUACAGGUCUCAUGGCAGAAUGAAGGAAUUUACCAAAGCCAAGCCCUUGGACACUGGGCCCAUCUGUUUCUUUGAUCAGUUGAAACCUGAAUGGAAAGAUGGGAAAAGAUAACCUGUGAAGAAAGUUAUCCUACCCAAAAUGCACCUCAAGAGCUAAGUAUAGGGUCUCACUCUGUCGCCCAGGCUGGAGUGCAGUGGUAUUAUCAUGGCUCCCUGCAGCCUUAACCUCCCAGGCUCAAUUGAUCCUCCCACCUCAGCCUCCCGAGCUGGGACUACAGUAAUAAAAAGAAAACAAAGUUAAAAGAACUAAAGAAUGCAAGACUAACUACAGUAGCCGCAUCUAUGAAAGAAGAUGAGUUCCACUCACCAAGCAUCUCACAACUUCCUAGUGUGUCCAAGCUUCCUUCAAAACUUAGAUUCUCCAAAAGAUGCCUGCAAAAUAACCUAUUUUAAGAAUACGAACUCAUUGCUCCCAAAACACUGUGUGAACCUGGGGAGACAUUGCAGCAAUGCUGAGCUUGACAUUACUUUCUCUGAGGGAACUGUAAGUCUCAUAAAUAACAGUUGGAAAGAUCUUACUGAAGAUGCUUAUAUGCGUGCAUCCAAAAAUUCAAUGUGGAUGCAAGACCAUGCUCUGCAAGGAGGUUGCAAUACCAUGACCAUAGUUAACUUACUAGAACACAAAAUGAGCAGGGGUUCAAGAGAAGAAUGUCAUCAGCAAAAUCAUCUAGUUAAAGCAAAAGAAGACCACCAUGUUGCAUCAACUAAAUCUAUGGAAAAAAUAGCUCUUGUCAACCACAAACACGGUUCCCAGAUCUCCCAGCAGAGCAGUUUACCUGUUGACACCCACUUUUCACUGUCCUCCAAGAGCUGUUUAGAAAAUGGCUUUGGUAGACUGAUGGCUGGGCAGGAUUUACAGAGUUGGAUCUUUCAACAUCCUUACUCAAAAUGGGAAAUUCUGAAGUGGAAGGCAGUCCCCAGUAUAGCUGUGAAGAGACUACAAGUAGCCAUAAUUCAAAUGUAGGAAGCCCUCCAUAGUCUUUAUAAUCAUAGACUUUUAUAAAGCAUAUGGUUUGAUGGGCAAGAAGAAACGCAGAGCAUGUGGCUCCCCAGACAAGUCACCUUAUCACGAUACCUGCCUAUUGUAUCUGUAAUAUGAAAACAUAUAUACACAACUGCAUGCAC